ACUGUUGGAGUUAAAGAGAAGAAAACCUUAAUAUGUGUGAGUCACUGUGAUGUUUUGCAGUGAGGUUUUUCUUCUAGGGGUGUUGACUGGUUGGGUGUUGUCAUGGAAACGGGGGGACACGUGGAAUACGCGGAUAGAGGAAUAAAGAAAGUAUCCGGACAGGACCCUGCGCCCCCCAAACACACACACACACACGCAGCCCAGCUCCAGCUGAUCGCCGUGGAUCUCUGCUCCCGUGGGCCCGUGAUGUCUCCUCUGUGAGCUGACUCCAUCGGACUCCAUCGGCUCCUUCAGUCCGGAUGAUGCUUGCGCUCCAGCUGGUGCUCCUUCUCCGCCUCACGACCCUCCGCAGCUCGGCCAUCGAGACCGUGAACGUGGUGGACUUCUGUGGCCAGACGAUCCGGGACGAUGGCAUGAUUGUCAACUCACACCAGGAGUCCAAGAAGUACUACUUUGUGACCAUGGGGACCGACUGCCACCUCACCAUGCAGGCCAGCUCUCCAAAAGACAAAGUGCAGUUCCACUUCCGCUUCUUCCUGGUCUACAGUUUGCUUCGAGUGGCUCCUCUGAGCCCCGCCCCUUUCCUCCCAGAGUCCCCCCGCGGCUCCGCCCCUCUCAAUCCCAGACUGGAGCCCACCUCUGGUGAAAUCCCGGGGGAUCCGUGUCACGCUGGGUCAUACGUUCAGUUCUAUGAUGGUCUGGACCGAAGCUCACCUCCCCUCGGGCCUCCUCUCUGUGGGAAGAGCCCACCGCGGCCCGUCCUGUCCACAGGAAACUACCUGACCCUGAGGCUUGUGACCAGGGGGACUCAGCCCAGGGUGGAUUUUGUCGGAGACUUUACCUCCUUCAGACUCGGCUUCAACCAAUCAGAGUGCAGCAGUGAACCCUACUUUUCAUGCAGGAAUGGGAAAUGUAUCCCUCUCAGUCUGGUGUGUGAUGACAAAGGCAUUGACAACUGUGGGGAUGGAAGCGACCUGGAGGAGAACCUCACUACAGGCUGCAAAGCAGGUCAGCUUUUACCUCCUGAACCCGGACCUCCAAAAGCUACCCUACCCCCAACCACCCUGAAUCCACCCACAGUGCUGAUCCCAACACGUAUGAAUUGCGGCAUGCCAGACAGCGCUCCCAGUCAUGAGUCAGCAACGGACUCUCCUGGCUCCCUGUCCCUGUUGGUCCUCUACAUCAUCCUGGGUGUGGUGGCGGGUGGCAUAGUGGUCUGCUGGUGCUGCUGGUCACCUGGCUGGUUCCUGUGGCGCAUCAGCAUCUGCCGUUUCUUACCCUGCUGCAACUCGGCCUGCGCAUCCUGCCACUUCUGCACCCACAGCAAGGAGCACCGCCUGGCUAAAGUCACCCCGCACACACCCGUCAAUGGGACGCCAGUGGGCGUGGCAGCCACUGCCAACAGCACUGAGGAAAACAUUACCACAGCGGCUGUGUAGAGCGAGACUUUCCAACUGAUGUGGGUACAGUAUGCUAAUGCCGAGCUGUGACCACCGGUGGGCGUGACCAAGAAUCUCUUUAGUGAAGGUUUGACCACCGACGUGGUCCGGAUUGCAAUACUGAGCAGAGCUAAAGGGGUGGACGUACGAUGGUUUGUGUGCUUUAAAUGAUAGUGCAGGUGGUGAGACUGCUCUUUAUGUUGCUAUCAGGUGGUAAUGCAGGGUCCAGUUUGACUAUGGAUUGUAUCAAAGUACAAUAGAGGGUAUGCACGUGAUGUCACAGCAAGCAAAGUCUCCGUGGUUACGGCCACUGAGUGGCAAAAGGUGACAGUUGAGCAUGGAGAUUAGCAGCAUUAGAUUGAAUCAUAGGCUUUAAUAGCGUCUAAAUUGUUGAAAUCAGUUCCAUAUAAAUAUCAGGAGAACUGAUUUCUGGCUGCAUGUCAAUGUUUGUGGACCAUUUGUUGUUUGGUAUUUCAUUGUUGAGUCCAAUUUUCCUAAAUUUAAUCUGAUAAUCCACAUUUUCCUGGUCUCCAUGUGUUUACUGCUACAUUUCACCAUGUUUUUGCCACUCAGUGGGCGUGGCCCCGGGCAGCGAUGACAUCACUGCACACCCUCUAUAGUUUCUGAAAGGGUUCUUAGGAUAUUCUAUGAAAUAUUUUCCUAUAUAAUGGCAGCAUUCUGUUGGACGGACCGCUUAUGAAAUUUGAGUAGUCGUCAGUUUUUGGAACCGAUAAUGAAGAGUUUUUAAUCGUGUGCUGAUUUCUUACGUAUAAAUAUAAUGUUUUCACUCUGUCUUAGAAGAAACAAGUUCCUCAUGCAGUAAAACGACACCUCUAGUCUAUGAUGUUGACCAAAAAAUGCUUAGUGGAUGCCUGCUGAGGAAGCAGCCCCGGAGUCACCCGCCUGGUGACAGCAGCUGUUCUCCCUUCUCUCCCUCCUGGGAAACUUUGAGGCAAAGAAACUGAGUAUAAACUUUUCACAUUUUGUGCCAAUUAUAUCAGAUUAUUUCCCUUUUUGAUAAUCUGCAACUAAACAGGGUGAAGAACGUAUUUUUAAAACACGUUUAACUUGAGAUGAUAAAAGUGUUAAUUAUUUAAGAAAAAGUCACUGUUGUCUAAGUUGUGAAGUCAGAGUAAGACUGUCCGCUCUUUAAUUAUCUCUUUCACCUUGUUUUGUGUAAUGGUUGUGUGACAGUGAAGCUCAUAAGAGAAAACUCAAAGUCUUGGAAAGUAUCAACGGGAGGUUUUUGUCAACUCUAUUUUUCUCAUAUGUACCAGUUGUGUCUUGGGUACGUUGUUAGACAUGAUUCCAGCAGCUGUUUUUUUUUUUUUUUUGUUUGUUUGUGUGUGUUUUUUUUUUUUUUUUGAGUGUAGGUCAAUGUCAUCCCUUUGGUCUGGACUGGGAUAUCUAUAGACCAGUGGAAGGCCAGUGGAAUUUGGUGCAGAUAUCAACAGUUCACAGAGGAGUAACCCUACCAGUUUUUGAGAUCUAUCACAACUUCACACUUGUGGUUUUCACUGAGCUGUAUUAUAGGAUGGCACAGUGGUGUGGAGGUUAGCACUGAUGCCAUACAUCAAGAAGGUUCUCCCUGUGUGUGAGUUUGGGUACUCCCAUCAUCCAAAUACAUGCAGUUUAGAAUCAUUGUGAUUCUAAUGGUGCGUUCCAUUUACCUCAGAGGGCAGAAGUCAGCACUGGGAAUGACGACACACCUGAGGUAUCGGAAAACAAGAUGGCUGCGUCCAACUUGAACCAACUCAUGGUGUUUCAAACUGUUUUGUUUUUUACCAGGCUACUGUUUUUAGCCAUUGUUAGCACAACAUGGGCUUGUAGUUCCCAUAAAACACAUGAAAAACUCUUCAACAUUUCAACAUAUGUAUGUGGGGAAAAUACUUUAGAUUUAAUACAACAAAAAUUAAUCAAAAGUGCUAAUAAAUGGAAUAUUACAGAAGCUUCUCUUUAAACAUGGGGCAGUCAUCUUGGUAACACAAGUCGGGGGAAGUGAGGAUUCUCACAAAUGGAAGUACAAAUGGAACGCACCAAUAAAUUGGUCGAAUUGUGAAUGGUUGUCUGUCUCUCUGUGUCAGCUCUGAGAUAAACUGGAGACCUGUCCACGGUGUACCCCGCCUCU